AUGGAGAAGAAGAGGAGAAGAUCUGAGAGUCCAGUGGAGGACCCAGCUACAGGAAAAAAGAUACAACUAAAGAAUUUAAGGAUUUGCCUAGAACGUCUCAAGCAAUAUCCAGUGAGAAGAAAAAGAUCAAGAAGUCCGGAGGAGAACCCAGCUGCAGGAGAAAGGAUAAAACUGAAGGAUUUAAGGAUUUGCCUAGAACGUCUGAAGCAAUAUCCAGUGAGAAGUAAAAGAUCGAGACGUCAGGAGGAGAACCCAGCUGGAGGAAAAGAGAAGGUUAGAGAGGACGCCAAAACAUCGCAGUACCUCGAUAUUAAAAAUUACAGCCUUAUUAAAGAACUAGGAGAAGGCAACUUCGGCAAGGUGGUGUUGGCAUCGUAUAAAAUCAAGAACCAACUAACUGCAAUCAAGAUCAUUGAGAAGCAGCAAGAGGAAGAUUUCAAAUAUGUCAGACGAGAGGCAUCGGUUCUCCAGAUUGCUAGCAGAUGCCCAUUUCUAUGCCGGGCAAUGGCAACAUUCCAAACUAAGUCGCUAAUCCUGCUAGCCCUGGAGUACGUCAGUGGCGGAACACUGGAGAACAUCAUCGAGGACCGAGGACGUCUGAGUAACAAGCAAGUGCAGUAAGUAGCAAGCUCUUUGAGACAGAAGUACCUAAAA